GGGCAACCAGGAUGCCAUCAUCCCCGUCGAGUGCGGGCCAUCUGUUCCAGCAGGCCAUCCAGGGCAGUCAGUUGCGCAUCAUCGACAACUGCGGGCACUCGCCGGCUGUGGAGAAGCGCAGCGAAUUCGUCGCCGCCAUCACCGGAUUCCUGAGCAGCCUCGCACCACCGAGAAGGAGCAACUAACAUGGCGCACGAACUCGAAGUAUUCUGGUUCUCUGAACAGCCCUACGGCCACGUCACCGAGGAAGACCUGGAGCCUUGGGAA